AUGCUCGACAGCCCUCUCCAGGCGCAUUUGGUGGAGACCACCUCGAAGGUACCAGGUUAUGCCUUGCGUCAGCUUUUUGAAGCGACCAAGAAGAUCACUGCCGAGAUUGUUCCCAAGGAAACGAUCCGAGUGAUUAUUAGCGAGAGUUUGAAGCUGUUGAACUGCGACCGCAUCUCACUCUUCGUCUACGACAAGCGCAUCGAGAUGCUUGUGCUGAACGCCUCUAACCUGGAGCAUCCAAUUCGGGUGAGGCCUGGGCAGGGCAUCUCUGGCAACGUUUUCCGCACGAAGCAGUCAGUGAAUAUCGCGGACUGCUACAGCGAUGCCCGCUUCGACCAGUCUUUUGAUGCUGCCACCGGAUACGUGACGCGCAACCUUCUGGCAAUUCCAAUCGUGGAUUUCGAUGGCUCCUGCCUGGGAGUCAUUGAAGCUAUCAACAAGCUUGGAGAUGGAGGCAAGGGCUUUGGCCAGGUUGACGAGAUUCUCUUGGGGAACCUGGCAGAUCAGGUCUCUGUUGCCUUGCACAAUGCAGAGUUUUACAGAGCUGCCAUUGUCACUAGCGAGCGUGCAAACGCAUUGCUGCAAAUGCUGCAGUCUCUGACGCAAGGCUUGGGGGCACAAUCCUUGAUCUUCUCAGUUGCAACGCAUGCCUCAACGCUGGUGCAUGCCGACCGGUGCACGGUUUUCCUUGUGGAUGACAGGGCAGGCGAGUUGAUCUCCCACACCACGGACUCUGCACAAGAAAUUCGGAUUCCAAAAACAGUUGGGAUAGCGGGCGAAUGCGCAACAGAGAAUAAGCUCAUCGUGAUUGAUGACGCGUAUGAGGAUGCUCGUUUCGACCCAGAGUUUGAUCAGCGAAGUGGCUACCGAACACACAGCAUCAUUGCAGUGCCGGUGAAAAGGCCGGCGGCAAAAGACAAAGCUUGUGCCGUCAUUCAGAUGAUCAAUAAGAAGGAGUUUGACGACGAGAUCGGCAAGUUCGAUGAAGAGGAUGUACAGGUCCUCGAGACGUAUGCCAUGUUCGUGGCUACGCAGCUCGCGCAAUCGACCCUGGUCACCCGCGACUCUUCGAAGGGCCCUGGCAACUACGAGGAGUUCAUGGGGCGAGCAGACAGCGACGGGCAUAGGGAGCGCUCCGGAUCCAAGCAG